AUGACUUCAAUAACAGUGUCCAGCAAACCGACACCAAUCAAACAUGCGACUGUUUAUCAUGUAUUUUGGCAGUUUAGUGUUGCAUUUUGCGUGAAUAUCGCCUUAUUCACGCUAUCUUCAACAAACUAUCACCAAGUCGUUAAAGCCAUAUGGUUACAAACAACCAUUGUCAAGGGACAGCAGCUAAGCAUAAAUGUUUUAGCUGCAAUAUCUUGCAUCAAUGCUCAAACUCUUACAACAUCAACACAACCUGCUGCAACAUCAACAUCAACACCACCUGCUACUAUUAAAAGUAAAUGGUCCGACUAUAGACCCAUCAAACUCGAUCGUGAUGCUGGAUUGUUUACCUUUUUUCCAUAUACUCUUGAACAACGAAAUGUUCUAGUGUCGAAUGCCGAAAAUGCAUGGGUCAAUUUUGAAUCAAAAAUAAAGCAUCAUGGUCAAGAAGCAAAUCCGUAUCCUGCUCUUGAGCAUAUCCGAAACAAUAUCAGAACCCUUACUGAUAAACAGCUCCAGCUUGGAUUAUUGGAUGUAUUCACUCGAGCUCGUGACGAACAUACCAUCAUGACAUUAGCUGGCACUCAUCGUUGUUUUUUCGCUACCAUAGGAAUUUCUUUUCAGUUUAUUGAUGGUCCAGGCGAUAUAAUCAAAGAUCCAACAAUCGUUGUCAGUAAACCCGUCAAUCGUGAAAUACUGAAUCUACUACGUGAUACCGCUUAUAAUCGAAUCAAUAUUGGAGAUCGACUUGUCAGCAUUAACGGUCUCACUUUUUACGAAUGGAAAGAAAAGCAUCGAAAUGCCAUUGGUGGAUCCACCGAGUCUCAUAGUCAGCGUCUAGCACUAAGAUAUUUGACCUUCAGAUAUGGAUCUUAUACCCCACUUCCCGACGAAGACUCUAUCGAGCUUAAACUCAAAUCCCAUAGCGGCAUCAUAUACGAGGUUAAUGUACCGUACAUGUCUGUAUAUCAAUAUACCUGUUGGGAGUACUCUAGUAAACUUUACACACAAUUGACAGGCGUGACUCUUGAUAUACAUUUACAAAAUACAGUUGCUGUAAAAUCCAAUAGUCAUGCAUUGCCAACUACAACAGUCGAUGAUCAUACCACAAGUUCCCAAUCUACCAAGUCAUUGCUUACUCCUCGCCGUAUUCGAAAGCGGGAUCAAAGCAGUCAAUAUCAAAACACGGGACGAUUGUCAAAACGUGAUUUACAGAUUACAUUUUAUCAAACGAGUAUACUCGAACUGUCUUGGACAAUUUGGAACCCUGACAGCCAAAACAUGGGAAUAAUCAAACUAACAUCAUUCAAGUGCACAUCCCGCACAACAAACACACGAGAUAUUCCUGAAGGAAUUCGUGAAGUGAAAAGACUAUUGACCACAGUGCUCAAAAAAACCAAUUCUAUUUUGAUCGAUGUUCGUGAAGGUGGUGGUGGAAGUAUGAGUUUUGCAAAUGCCAUUCCACAGCUAUUCAAGAGCAAGCUUGAGCCAUUUCAAGUGAAAUAUCUCAUGAACGACGUCACAUACAAUAUGUUUGUACAUCCGCCCAUAGAUUUGAAAUCAUCUCGCGAUGCUUGGUUCAAAACACCAGCCAAAAGCCAGUAUUCGGUAUUCCAUGAUUUUUUGGAUCCAAGAGCAUCCAACAUUUACGAUCAGGUUUAUACCAAACCAGUGGGUGUAUUUACCAGUGGUGAUUGCAUGUCUGCAUGUGAAAUCAUGACAGGAACUAUGCAGUCGUUUAAAAUUGGAACAGUGUUUGGUGAGGAUGUCACAACGGCUGGUUCCGGUGCAAAUGUUUGGAGUUUAGAUCCAGAACUUAUCACUCAUGAUCCGAUAGACUUUAAACCAAUGCCAUUCAAAAAAGAGUUGACAUCUGAUACCAAGGAAAUAUUUUACAACAAAAUGACUGUAGGUCAUCGAGCAUUUGUUCGUAAUGGUGAUCAUAAAGGACAGUCAGUUGAAGAUAUUGGCAUUGUAUCUGACGUUGUAAUCCGACCACGAUUGAAAGAUAUUAUCCCUGGUGCAACGGGUAAUUCUCGGUAUGAUUAUAUUGCAGAUUAUUUGAUCAAAAUUGGCAAAAGAUCAGCCAAAACAGUUUGGAAUCUUUGGGGAAUUCUGUAA